UACAAAAUUUCGGAGUGAAAAUAAAAUUUUAGGAAACUCGAUGAAAAUUAUAUUUUUACACGUCUUAUACUAAAAUGGUUCGAUGGCGGGUUAUUUUGUUUUUGACAAUGGUGGUGGUGGCGCAGGUUUCGUGUUCCAAAGAUGAUGAUGAAGAAGAAAAUGAUGAGACCACAACUAUGCCAGAAGAGGAAAACGUGGAAGAAGAGGACGAGGUAACCUCGCAGCAACCAAGGGUGCCGACUACCGUCCCUCGUCUGACGCGGACAACCAGCAACCCGCUGCAGUGCUAUGUUUGCAGCUACAAGCGGGACAGUUCGGGAGUAACCUGCUUGGACCCGAAACGCAGCAACGUAAGCACGACAUACUGCAGCGUCCCCGGCGACAAGUGUUUCACGGCGGUGGAGACGCGGGGUGCCGACGUGUCCAUCGUGGUGCGCGGCUGCAAGACCGACUGUGUCAGCUCGCCAGACGUCAUCUGCUGUAAUUCGAACCUCUGCAACGCUAUAACAGUUGGUCAGCCGUCGCGACUACGCCCAGUAGCGUUCAACUCUGCUGCCAAAUCUCUGCCUCAGACGGUGCUGUACUUUGUGACAGUCCUGCUGCUGCUCCAAGCUGUCGUCAAGGUCAAUAUUGUGUGAAUAAAUUGGUGCUGUAU